AUGAGUGUCUUUCUUCUGCCUGAGACUUUGUGUAUCUCACUGGAAAGAUUGAUGAACAGGUAUUGGUGGGAUAAGAGUAGCACUGAAAAAGGGAUUCACUGGUUGGCUUGGGACAAGAUGUGUGUGCCGAAGAAGUAUGGAGGUUUGGGCUUUAAAAGGUUACAUGAAUUUAAUUUAGCAUUGCAUGGGAAACAAGGGUGGUGUUUGCUUACCAACCCCGCAUCCCUUAUGGCUCGUGUUUUCAAGGCAAGAUAUUUUCCAAAGACAUCUUUCUUAGAAGCCAUACUGGGUGGUUGCCCCAGUUAUGUAUGGAGGAGCGUUAUGGCUAGUCAGAUGUUAAUUCGCGGAGGAUGCAGGCGCAUGGUAGGGGAUGGUAGCUCUACUAAAGUUUGGUUGCAUCCAUGGCUACCGGACCCUCAGGACCCCUAUGUUCGGACUACCCCCACUGACACUACUCGGGAUUUAUGGGUUUCUAAUCUUAUCGACCCUGUCUCAAAUGAGUGGAAACGGGAAUUUAUACAUCAGUUGUUUGAGCCUAGAGAUGCCAACCUUAUUAUUCAGAUCCCAGCUAAUGUUGAUUAUGAGGAUAUUUCGUUUUGGUUUGGAGAUACUAGAGGUUGUUACUCCGUGAAGGAGGGUGUGGAGGACGUCAUGCAUGUCUUGUGUUCUUGUUCAUAUGCAAAGCGUGUAUGGGAUGUUUCAAAUUUGCCAGUUCCUCCUAUUAACGAUGAUGAUUUUAUGCAGUGGGUGGCUUCUUGGUUGGACAACUCAGCUGGUAGAUCAUGUGAGACGAAGGGGAAAAUAUGUGGGCUUUUGCAUGAAUUGUGGAAAGCUAGAAACCAUGCUGUUUGGGAUGGUUUUUUGCCGACUCCUGCUGCCGUAUGCCGUAGCUUCCACCUCAGCUGGAAUGCGUGGAAGACCAAUAUAACAACACGCCAUACUACCCCCUAUCCCCAACCGGGUUUAACGGCUUUAAUCAGCACAUAA